CCGCUGCCAUGGGUAUUUAAUAGGCUGACCAUAAAUAUGUUUAUCACCAACAAAUAGUCAGCAGUUAGGUUAAGCUAAAAUGGCUCCGGAGCCGUUAGGUUAACAUUAUUAUUCUGGUCAGUCGGGUUUACAAGGUGAUGUUGUCCUCUUUUGUUGCGAUAAAUCCCAUCGGAUCAUCUGCGUCUUUAACCCCAACAUAAGAGCUGUGAUGUCAUGGCAGCUGCCAGCGUGACCAGACCUGGCAGUGCCCAGACCACCGAAAAGUCUCAGCUAACCCUGAAAGUGGUGUCAGCAAAGCCCCAGUCUCCAAAGCUGCCGAACCGUCACUCUCGGCUCAGCUCCUUCGUCGAGGUGACUGCCGACGGGCUGACCAGUGAAACCAAAAAAACAGGCAAACGCACCGGGCACCUGGAGCUGCAGUGGAAUGAAGACCUCACCCUUAAUGUGACGCCUGAGAGCCAUCUGGAUCUGAAGCUGUGGAGCUGCCAUACCUUAAGAAAGGAGCUUCUGGGCAGCGCUACCAUAGACCUUCUGGAUACACUGCGCACACAUGAUGGCAAAAUGGAGAACGUCCAGCUGAGUCUGGUGCUGCAGACGGAGAACAAAGGCUCGGUUGUGGCAGGAGGGGAGCUCAACGUCUGUCUGGACGGCAUGGUUGUUGAUCUGGGCUCUCUGCCCAAUGGCAGCACAGCGGCAGACAAGAUCCUUCAGCCUGACAGAGCCAACCUGAGGAGGACACAGAGUGAGGGGACGCCCACUUCAGUCAGCUCAAACAGCAGGAGCAACAGACGCUCAGUGGGGGGUCCGCAGGGGGAGUCCCCUGGCAGCUCCAGGGAGAGGUCUCUGCCUAACGGGGAGCUGACCGAGGACCAGAAUCAUGACCCAUCUGAUCACCAACAGCCAUCAAAGAACAAUGGGAGCCCUCAUAACAGUGCAGACAAAGUUGAUUUGACAUCCAACGGGUUGGACAGCAUCCUUGGUGUCGUGGUCCCUCAGGCACCUCCUCCAUCCUCUCCAUCAGGCCAAUCCCUAGCUCCAAGCAGCAGCAGUAGCCCCUGUCCAGGCCAGACCGCCGGGGGUCCGGCCGCCCCGUCAGAACCUGAUCCCACCAUCUCCUCCAACACAGAGCAGGCCAACAGCAACACAACCGAGUCGACCACAGACUCGCUCCCGGCGGGCUGGGAGCAGCGGGUUUUACCUCACGGCAGAGUGUAUUACGUCGACCACAACACCAAAACCACAACUUGGGAGAGACCACUGCCAGCAGGCUGGGAGAAACGAGUGGACCAGAGAGGCAGGUUCUACUAUGUGGACCACAACACCAGAACCACCACAUGGCAGAGGCCCACGGCCGAGUCUGUGCGCAACUACCAGCAGUGGCAGAGCCAGCGCAGCCAGCUGCAGGGCGCCAUGCACCAGUUCAGCCAGCGCUUCCUUUACCAGCCGUCCGGCGCUCCAGUGGAAAAUGACCCCCUGGGCCCGCUGCCUCCUGGAUGGGAGAAGCGUCAGGACAAUGGCCGAGUGUACUUCGUCAACCACAACACAAGGACCACUCAGUGGGACGAUCCUCGGACCCAAGGGAUGAUCAAGGAGCACCCCCUGCCCCCUGGCUGGGAGAUGAAGUACACCGCAGAGGGAGUGCGUUAUUUUGUGGACCACAACUCUCGCACCACCACCUUUAAAGACCCCAGACCCGGGUUUGAGUCAGGGUCACGGCAGGGAGGCUCGCCUGGAGCUUAUGAUCGGAGCUUCAGAUGGAAAUACAGCCAGUUCCGCUUCCUGUGUCAUUCCAACGCUUUGCCCAGCCACGUGAAGAUCUCCGUAUCCAGGCAAACUCUGUUUGAAGAUUCGUUUCAGCAGAUUAUGAACGUGAAGCCGUAUGACCUCCGGCGCCGGCUCUACAUCAUCAUGAGAGGAGAGGAGGGUCUGGAUUACGGCGGCGUCGCCAGGGAGUGGUUCUUCCUGCUGUCCCAUGAAGUCCUCAACCCCAUGUACUGCCUGUUUGAAUACGCAGGGAAGAACAACUACUGCCUCCAGAUAAACCCAGCCUCCUCCAUCAACCCCGACCACCUCACGUACUUCCGCUUCAUCGGUCGCUUCAUCGCCAUGGCUCUGUACCAUGGAAAGUUUAUCGACACCGGCUUCACGCUGCCGUUCUACAAGCGCAUGCUGGACAAGAAGCCAACUCUGAAAGACCUGGAGUCCAUUGAUCCUGAGUUUUAUAACUCCAUCAUGUGGGUUAAAGACAACAACUUGCAGGAAUGUGGCGUUGAGCUGUAUUUUGCACAGGACAUGGAAAUCCUGGGGAAGGUUUCCAGUCACCCGCUGAAGGAGGGCGGAGAGGACGAGCUGGUCACGGAAGAAAACAAGGAGGAGUACAUCAGCCUGCUAACUGACUGGAGGUUCACCCGCGGGGUGGAGGAGCAGACCAAAGCCUUCCUGGAUGGCUUCAAUGAGGUGGUUCCUCUGGAGUGGCUCCGCUACUUCGAUGAAAAGGAGCUGGAGCUGAUGCUCUGCGGCAUGCAGGAGAUCGAUCUGGCCGACUGGCAGAAGAACACUAUCUACAGACAUUACACAAAGAACAGCAAGCAGAUUCACUGGUUCUGGCAGGUUGUGAAAGAGAUGGACAAUGAGAAGAGAAUCCGUCUGCUGCAGUUUGUAACGGGAACCUGUCGGCUGCCGGUCGGAGGAUUCACGGAGCUCAUAGGAAGUAACGGUCCCCAGAAGUUCUGCAUAGACAAAGUGGGGAAGGAGACUUGGCUUCCAAGAAGCCACACAUGUUUCAACCGUCUGGAUCUGCCGCCUUACAGGAGCCUUGAGCAGCUCAGAGAGAAACUGCUGUUCGCCAUCGAGGAGACGGAGGGAUUCGGACAGGAAUGAACCCACGGGAUAGUUUUUUUUCUUUCUGUUAUCGAUCUCAUUUUGCAAUUGUUAAUCACAGGGCUGCAAUCUCACCAAGCCGCUCACCUGCAAGAAGAAAAAGUUAGAAUAAAUGAUGUUGGAGCGCACAGGUGGAGACAGUUGAUUCUAGUUUGAAUGGAUACUUGUGUGAAUGAUCACUUUAUUGUAAUUGUUUGACUGGGAGCUGCGUACGUCACAGAAAGCACCAAUCUCGGCUUAUAAACCGCACCGAACCAGACGGCAUUAAAGCCUUAAUGUCGCUCCACGAUCACAGCACAGCUAGCCGCCAAUGCAGUAUAACAUAUCUACCAGAGAAACACUUUUAGCGUUUUAAAAAGGACCCAAGAGCUGAUCAAGAACGAGCACACCUCUGUUUCAGAGGUCAGAGAAACCAGAUGUGAUUUUAUUUUUCUUUUCUGUUAAUUGUGAAUGUGAGCAUUUUCUCUUGUACAGACCCCCAAAAUAAACCAGAUUUCAAUCUUAAAGUG